AUCGCUUCACUUUCACUAAUCACAAUUCAAACUUCACUUAGUUUCAUAGAUUGUUCUUCGCUUCAAUCAGAGAUUCUAUGGCUUCAAUGUUGCAUUUGUUUCUUCUUCUUGGUUCUUUGAUGGUUGCUUCUGCUGGUAACUUCAACCAAGAUUUUGACAUCACUUGGGGAGAUGGCCGUGCAAAGAUUCUCAACAACGGGGAGCUUCUUACUCUGAAUCUUGAUAAAGCCUCUGGCUCUGGCUUCCAAUCCAGGAAUGAAUAUUUAUUUGGGAAUAUUGAUAUGCAGCUCAAACUUGUCCCGGGAAACUCUGCUGGCACUGUCACUGCUUAUUAUUUAUCUUCAAAAGGGUCUACAUGGGAUGAGAUAGACUUCGAAUUCUUGGGAAAUUUGAGUGGUGAUCCUUACAUUCUUCAUACCAAUGUUUUCAGCCAAGGAAAGGGUAACAGAGAACAACAAUUCUAUCUCUGGUUUGACCCAACUGCUGAUUUUCACACCUAUUCCAUUCUCUGGAAUCCCCAGCGCAUUGUCUUCUCUGUGGAUGGUACUCCCAUAAGAGAGUUCAAGAACUCAGAGUCAAGUGGUGUUCCAUUCCCAAAGAAUCAGCCAAUGAGAAUAUACUCUUCUCUCUGGAAUGCUGAUGACUGGGCUACCAGAGGUGGACUUGUGAAGACAGAUUGGACUCAAGCUCCUUUCACUGCUUCCUACAGAAACUUUAAAGCAGAUGCUUGUGUUUGGUCUAAUGGUGCAUCNGUAUUGAUGGUGGUGAUGGAGCAAGAGGAGGAGGAGGAGGAGGAGGAGGAGUUGGUGGUGGUUCUGGCCAUGGUGGAGGUUUUGAUGUUGGAGUAG